UCAUCAAAGAGAGUAAAAAGGCGUAGGUCCCGGUCUGAGUUUCUGUCUCUCAUUCAUUGUCCUUUGUACCCCUGAGCUUGUCUUGGAAAUAUCAAUCUUCCCCAUACACUUGGCCAGAACAAAAAUCUGUUUCUACCUAAACAGCCAACUGGCAUCACCAAUUGAUACAAAAAAAUCAAUUACCAAGCGCGGCACUAAGACGGUGAAAUGGCCCAGAAGAAAACCAUUCGACAGCAACCCUCAGACACAGCCUCAAACCCCGAAAAUUACGACGAAAACAUGGCAUCUCUCAGACGUUUUCUCGUCGUCAGUCUCGGCAACCCGGGAGAGUACCGCGACACAUUUCACUCAGCCGGCCAUCUGGUGCUCGAAUCAUUCCAGAAAAAGCUUCCUGAAGAACUCGGACAGCCAUCGUUCACCUCGGACCGCUACGGAAAGAAAGCCGUUCGUGCUUCCGCCGGACCAAAGUACACUCUGCUCCAGAGUCCUACGCUCAUGAAUAUCACCGGGCCAUGGCUCGCCCGGGCGUACAAGGAUUAUCUGGUCGACCAGGGACUGAGCCCGGAAGAGGUUGGGCUGGUGCUGGUCCACGACGACUUGGAGGAAGAGUUGGGCGUCGUCAAGGUUCGGCAGUGGAAGGCCAGCCAUAGAGGCCACAACGGCAUCAAGAGUGUGCUGGCCAGUCUGCCACCCAUGCCGGACGCCAAGUGGGCGCGCGUAUCGAUAGGCAUUGGGCGGCCGGACGAUAGGGACAGGACCACCGUUUCCGAUUUCGUCCUCAGCAAGAUCCCAAGGCACGCCAAGGGGAUACUACAAGACAAGGGAGGAAGCGGGUUGUGGGAGGCACUCGGCAAGUUGGAGACGAAAUGGAACAAAUGAGGUCGUGGGUAAUGGAGAGCAAGUGCGAGAGAGCUGUGCCGGUGUUGCGCGAGUGAGUUAAGAUAGACUAUGAUACCCCAUUUUCAAUCAUCAUC